CAAAACAAAACCUUAAUUCACCUCAGAUAUCUGCCAAACAAUUCAGCACCUCCUGAACAUUUGUAUAAAUCCCCAGGUCCUCCAAGAGCUGAAAAUGAGAAAAAAAAAAUAAGAAAGAAAUAGGGAAUAGGCUUCAAGAGUAAAUUUGUAAAAAUGGUAAAAAUUGUGACAACUGGACAAAUAGUUCCUUAAAUGUCGAGGAGCAUUUUCCGUCUAUGAUAAAAAACAAAAGAAAAUAAACAAUUAGACAAAAUACAAUAAAAGUCAUUACUUUAUAUUAUAAAUCUGUAUUAGGUAAAUAAACCUAUAGGUGACUUUAGCUGCUCCAUUGAAAAACAGUUUACAAUCAAUUGCCAACACUUGGUAUGAACAAGAUCAUUCUUUAUCUUUUCAUAAGGUUUGACAGUGAUUCCGGUGGAAUAUUAUUUGAAAAGAUAAGUCAUUGUUAUAUGAUUUACAUUUUUACAACUUCUGAAAGACUGUAGACUUAUCUCUUGGGCUUGUUCUUUCAGUGACCAGGCUUCAGUUGUUUAAAGGUAAAGUUCAACCCUGUUAUGGUUGGUGUUUGAAUGACAAAGUUGGCGAAAGGGCAGAGACCAGUAAAAACAGAGACAAGAAAGAGUUUUAGAAUGUGCAGUGAUUGGUUAGACAUGACAGGUGACUACUGAGGUGGCGUUCUAUUUAUGGGCCAUGUUGUCACGUGGUCUUAACCCUGACAAAGGUGUUGUUUGGUCUUUAACUGGUUACAUAAGUACAAUAUCAGCACCUUUGUACUUUUUUUUUUUCAUGAUUUUUUUUUCUCAAGUGAGGAGUAAAAUACAUAAAAGCACAGACCUUCCUCCUGGUGCUGGUUUUACUCUUGAACCAUGUGGCUGUACGAGUUUUUGCUGAGCUUGGACCUUAAGGGUCUGCUUCUGUUUAUUUUCGUUUUUCUUCUUAUAGCAGAUUUUGUCAAAAACAGGAAUCCACCAAAUUAUCCUCCAGGACCGCUGGGUCUGCCCUUUGUGGGGAAUUUCUUCAGUGUGGACAGUAAACACCCGCACAUCUAUUUCACCAAGCUGGCUGAUAUCUACGGGAAUGUGUUCAGCGUCCGCCUCGGCAGUGAGAAGAUGGUAUUUGUGUCUGGAUACAAGAUGCUGAAGGAAGCCGUAGGGACACAGGCUGAGAACUUUGUGGAUCGACCAUACACUCCACUGUCUGACAGGUUUUGCUCAGGAACUUCAGGUGGUCUGUUCAUGAGUAAUGGUCAGACAUGGAAGAGGCAGCGGCGUUUUGCUUUGUCUACCAUGCGCAACUUUGGCCUGGGCAAAAGCCUCACAGAGCAGAGCAUCAGUGAGGAGGUCCGGUACUUGCUGGAGGAGAUAGAGAAGGAGAAAGGUGAACCUUUCAGGACAUCGGGCCUCUUAAACAACGCUGUAUCCAACAUCAUUUGCCAGCUGGUGAUGGGGAAACGCUUUGACUACAGCGACCAGAACUUCCAGACCAUGCUGAAGUAUCUGUCUGAGGUUAUUAGGCUGGAGGGCUCCAUAUGGGGUCUACUGUACGAUUCGUUCCCCAGUCUGAUGACGCUGUUGCCAGGUCCUCACAACGAAAUGUUCAGCUACUACGACAGCCUCCAGGACUUCAUCAGGAAGGAGUUAGAGGGGCACAAGAAGGACCUGGACCGCAGCAACCCCCGGGACUACAUUGACGCUUUCCUCAUCGAAAUGGAGAACCACAAAGAGUCCGACCUGGGCUUCACCGAGACCAAUCUGACUCUGUGCUCUCUGGAUCUGUUCUUGGCUGGAACAGAGACAACCUCCACCACUUUGCAGUGGGCUUUGGUUUACCUCAUCAGAAGCCCUGACAUCCAGGAAAAAGUCCAGGCAGAGAUAGACAGCGUGAUUGGACAGACCCGUCUGCCCACCAUGGCCGACAGACCCAACCUGCCCUACACUGAAGCUGUCAUCCACGAGGUCCAGAGGAUGGGAAACAUCAUUCCCCUGAAUGGACUCAGGAAAGCCGCCAAGGACACAACACUGGGAGGUUACUUCAUACCAAAGGGCACCUCCCUAAUGCCCAUGCUGACCUCUGUGCUGUUUGACAAGAAUGAAUGGGAAACUCCAGACACCUUCAACCCCGGACACUUCCUGGACGCUGAGGGAAAGUUUGUGAGGAACGAAGCUCACCUGCCUUUCUCUGCAGGGAAACGGGUGUGUCUCGGAGAAGGCCUGGCCAGGAUGGAACUGUUUCUGUUUUUAGUGGGUCUACUACAGAAGUUCUCUUUCUCUGUCCCUGAUGGCGUAGAGCUGAAUACAGAAGGCAUAACCGGAAUGACGCGAGUGCCGCACCCCUUCAAGGUUUAUGCCAGGGCUCGCUGAGUUAGGCAACAUGUCACUGAACUGUUUUCCAUUUAACCAGGAAGAGACCCACACAAAACACUAAAGAGAUACUCUGUCUCACGCUUUCACUCUUGUAUGACUGCCUCAUGCACUGAAGACCCAUUUAGUCCCUCCAACUUUACAUUUAAAUCUCUGUGGUGAAAUUGAUUUGUAAAGAAGCUGCUGGCAGUACAGUUUUAAAGAUAUUUUCCUUCGAUCAUGUCGUUAUUAAUGACAUGAGUUUACACAUGAUGCAUGCAUAAUUACUGGUUGUGUUUUCUCAACACAUUGUUGUAAUGAUUAAUCCUACAUAAGCCAUUAGUUAAGGAUUGAAAUGAUUCAAUGUAAUAAUAAUUGAAAUGACAAAUAAAUGAUUUGUUGUUGAUGUGUCACAAA